CACCCAGGUGUGGGGUGCCCAGCUCUGGCCCCCAGCUCCUGACUCUCUUUGUCACACAGCCGUGAGCACGCGUGGUUUCAGAUGGAGGCACUAGGGCCCAGAGCUGUGUUUUGUUUUGUUGUUUGGCCACGGUAUCUGUUACGCACUAAUUUCCUUUAAGGCUGGUGAUGAAGUCAGUAAACCACAGCCUGCAGCGAGUGCUCUCCGAGCUGGUGCUUUCCGCUGUGACUUGCACUUGACAUGUCAGCUCCUGUGCUCGGCAGGCCAGUCUCGCUCCAUCUCUUCCAGCAUGGACCAAAGGGAAAUCCUGCUACAGAACCUGGAGAGAGCCCAAAGCAAGAAGCUCAACCAAGAAGCGUUUGUAGAUGAGUUUUUGAAGCUGAAAAGGCAGUCAACAAAAUAUAGGUCGGAUAAAAUCUACCCUACAUCAACAGCUGAGUGCCCAGAGAACAUCAAGAAGAACAGAUACAAAGACAUCUUGCCCUAUGACCACAGCAGAGUGGAGCUAUCCCUGAUCACAUCGGAUACAGAUUCUCAUUACAUCAAUGCCAACUUCAUCAAGGGAGUCUAUGGGCCGAGAGCAUACAUCGCAACCCAAGGGCCUCUCCCUACCACUGUCACUGACUUUUGGAGGAUGAUUUGGGAGUAUAAAGUCCUGAUCGUGGUCAUGGCCUGCAUGGAGUUUGAAAUGGGAAAGAAAAAAUGUGAGCGGUACUGGGCAGAGGUGGGCGACUCCUCCCUGCAGUGCGGUCCCUUUUCCGUCACCUGUGAAGCUGAAGAAAAGAAAAAUGAGUACGUGAUCAGGACUUUAAAAGUGACCCUGAAUGAAGAGGUGCACACCAUCCACCAGUUCCACUACCAAAACUGGCCUGACCACGACAUUCCCUCUUCCAUUGACCCCAUUCUGGAGCUCAUUGGUGAGGUCCGCUGCUACCAGCCAGAUGACAGCAUCCCCAUCUGCAUCCACUGCAGUGCUGGCUGCGGGAGAACAGGAGUUGUUUGUGCCAUUGACUACACCUGGAAGCUGCUGAAGGACGGGAUUGUUCCAGUGAACUUCAGUAUUUUCAGUCUGAUCCAGGAGAUGCGCACACAAAGGCCUUCAAUAGUGCAGACCAAGGAGCAGUACAAGCUGGUUUACGAUGCUGUCAUUGAGCUCUUCAGAAGGCAGAUUGAAGCACUGGAUGCCCAGGAAAACUCUGCUGCUUCACAGGCUCUAACAAGGCAUCCUGUACCCAAGCCACAGCUAACUCCCGUGGAAGAUAUCUAUUCUCUGAGUUUGCUAACCUGCUCAGGGCAAGAGGACCAGGAUGUGCACCGACACUUUCCUCCUCUGGCACAAAAUGAAGCACCGCUGACAUCCCUGUCUGCCACAGCAGCACGGGGCAGCUCUGAGGACAGAGGCCCUUCCAUCAGAGCGGCGGUCUCCAUUGGCACUUUGAACAUCAGUGGCACCAGGCAUGCAGCUGCUGUCAAGAUGUGGGGCGCAGGAGAAGCCCUUCAGAAGCACCGCAGUUUGCAGUUCAGCAGCAGGUCCUCUGAGCAGCUGCUGCUGGACCUGGAGCUGCAGGGAACAGGCAGGAAAGGGGCCCACGGCAAAGCACCUCUGGCACGGACCACAUCGACGCCUUUUGUGCUGUCACAGCAAGGAGAAGUCUGGGCUUGUGAUGGAGGGAAUACAAAGCCCACUUUGAAUUCUCAGUCACCCAGUGCCUGUUGCUCAGGCUUCCAGGUGAAGGAGCAGGAUGUAUUUUCCCCUGUUGAGCUGAACCACUCAAGCCAAGUAGCAGAUGGUCCCCCUGGCCAUAGGAACUGCAGGCGAUGUCCUUACCCUUACUGUUGUUCAGCAGAAGAUCCCUACUUCUCUUCACUCUCCCCAGAUGAGCAGCCGUCCCCAGAGCCAUCCAUUGGGCAGGAUGCACGGGGCCCUCCUUGCACAGUGCCCACCUCCCCACCGCCCCAGCCUGCAUCCCACCACGCUGCCCGGCCGACCACCGGCAGGACGUCCUCGCUGAACAUCCUGCCCCAGACAGAUGAUGACGAUCCUCCACCCCUGCCGGAGCGAACUCCCGAGUCCUUUAUUGUGGCCAGUGAAUCAGGAGAAUUUCCCCUGGCCACCUCAGAUUUUCAUCUUCCAGCUAGACAUGCAAAUAUUGGAACCUCUUUGGAGCAGAGUAGUGUGUCUCACUCAGUGAUGUUAAAUGACACAGUGAGAUUGAGACCAAGUAAGAGUCUGAAGCUUCGGAGCUCACACUCAGAAAUAAACCGGGAUCGCUCUAAUUCUCCUCCCCCACUUCCUGAAAGAACCCCGGAGUCGUUUGUUCUCGCUGAUGAACAAAGUCUGCAGCUUCCUGCAAGAAAUUCUACAGGUAGUUCUUGGGACUUGAGUAAUGGAGCUUCUGAAUCAUCACCAAAAGAGCCUGUGAAAUGCUUCAGGAGAAGCAAGAGUUUGAAAAUACUCAAAAACGUGAGAAAAAGCAUCUGUAGUCCAUCUUCACUGACAAAACCACCAGAAUCUGUACCUUCAAAUCAUUUGAGCUCUUUCUUUAAUUUUGGCUUUGCAAGUCGAUUUUCAAAACCAAAAGGACCAAGAAACCCACCACCAGCAUGGAAUAUUUAGAUAAACCUUAUAGAUUUGGUGUCACAGAUGUGUGAAUACCUUCUGAUGUGCCCUGAAUGUUCAUUUCAGUAAGGUUUCCAUCAAAAUGAAUACAUCAAAAUGUGUUGCACGAUAUUUGCGAAUGACGCACUACUUGCACGUUCUUCCACUGAAGUUCUGAAGUAUAGAAGCACGUGUAACUACCAGCAGCUGAGCACUUUCAGUUAAUUCACAACGGGAUGGAAAUCUAAGCCCAGGAACAGAUAUUUUAUCCUAACGAGUGAUGUAUUUUUGUUGGGUUUUGGAAUGAGUUCUCUUCAAAACGGUAGAUUUGAGCUUUCUGAAACAAAACACUGUAAACUGCAAACAAUUCCAGUAAAGACUGCUGAAUGGCAGAGGGGACUGAACCACCACAGGGAGCUGGAGCCCUGCAGACACCGAGCGUGCCACAGCCGAAGUCCUGUGUUGCCUUGUGUGUUUCUAUCACUUGAACGAAAAGGGAAUGAACAUCUCAAACCAUACUAAUAAUUUCCCUUUAAUUGAACGUUCAUUUCUUUUUUUUUUUUCCUCAUCUGAACCAGAUUUUUUUCCCUAGUUUUUCAGUUAACAAGGAUACUGCAAAACUGGCGGACCCUACGGCCCUCACUAUACAAAAACCCACACAGCGAUCGCAGCGCCCACAAAUGACAGCUGUUUGUAUUUAAUAUUUUUAUGACGCGGGAACGUGGAAAGCCAUAACCGAAUUCAGGGACAGUGUAUUUCAUCCAGGAAGUAUUUUAUUAUGUGUGACAAAUGCUGUGUAAAUAAAUAAAGUUUAUUUAUGGGCCGGAAUGCA